AAAGGGAAAGUACCACACCGAGGCCUGACGGGAAAGUGGCGGUGUCAGAGAGCCAGGAAGGGUGUGUCUGUUUGGAACAGGAAGAAACGCAGGCGAGGUGCCUCGGGCGGGGGGAAGCCAGCCCAGCUGCCGUGUGAGCUUCGGUCAGCCGAGAGGGCCUUGCUGGUGCUAAGAUGUUCUUUACCUGUGGCCCUAAUGAGGCCAUGGUUGUCUCAGGUUUCUGCCGCAGCCCCCCAGUCAUGAUAGCUGGUGGCCGGGUGUUUGUGAUGCCCUGCAUCCAACAGAUUCAGAGGAUCUCACUGAAUACUCUGACCCUGAAUGUGAAGAGUGAAAAAGUUUAUACCCGGCAUGGCGUCCCUAUCUCAGUUACUGGCAUUGCCCAGGUGAAGAUCCAAGGCCAGAAUAAGGAGAUGCUAGCCGCUGCUUGUCAGAUGUUCCUGGGCAAAUCAGAGGCUGAGAUUACCCAUAUUGCCCUGGAGACCCUGGAGGGGCAUCAGAGAGCUAUCAUGGCCCAUAUGACUGUAGAGGAAAUCUACAAGGACCGACAGAAGUUCUCGGAGCAGGUCUUCAAGGUAGCCUCCUCUGAUCUGGUCAACAUGGGAAUUAGUGUAGUCAGCUACACUCUCAAAGACAUCCAUGAUGACCAGGAUUAUCUUCACUCUCUGGGGAAAGCCCGAACUGCUCAGGUGCAGAAGGAUGCCAGGAUUGGAGAAGCUGAAGCCAAGAGAGAUGCAGGCAUCAAGGAAGCAAAAGCCAAGCAAGAGAAAUUGUCUGCUCAGUACUUGAAUGAAAUCGAAAUGGCCAAGGCCCAGCGGGACUACGAGCUGAAGAAGGCUACCUAUGAUAUCGAGGUGAACACGAGGAAAGCUGAAUCUGACCUAGCCUAUCAGCUCCAGGUAGCCAAAACAAAGCAGAAGAUUGAGGAACAGAAGAUGCAGGUGAUGGUGGUGGAGCGGACCCAGCAGAUUCAAAUCCAGGAGCAGGAAAUUGUCCGUAAGGAGCAUGAGCUGGAGGCCAAAGUCAAGAAACCUGCAGAAGCAGAGCGCUACCGACUGGAGACACUGGCUGAGGCUGAAAGGACACAAUUGAUCAUGCAGGCUGAGGCUGAGGCCGAAUCGGCCAGGUUGAAUGGUGAGGCUCGGGCCUAUGCUAUUGAGGCCAAGGCCCGGGCUGACGCCGAGCAGAUGGCCAAGAAGGCAGAGGCCUUCCAGCAGUACCAGGAGGCAGCCAUGGUUGACAUGCUUCUGGAGAAGCUUCCAGAGGUGGCCGAAGAGAUCAGCAAGCCCUUGACUUCAGUGAAGAAGAUCACCAUGGUGUCAAGUGGGACUGGGGAUGUGGGAGCUGCCAAAAUGACUGGGGAGGUGCUGGAGAUCAUGAACAAGCUGCCAGACACCAUUGAGAAACUCACUGGCAUUAGCAUAUCUCAGCAGAUAAACCAGAAGAAGCCAGGACGAAUGAACUAAACGCUGCAGAUUUUGGGGGGUGGGGAGGAGCCAUUCCCUAGCAUGAACUCCCAUGAACCUCAUCUAUAUGUAUGCAUAUAUAGAGGUCUUCCCCAUCCAGAGCCCUCUCAGAUCGCCAAACUCAUGGACUGAAUUCUUGCAUGUUGGCCAACAACACUUCACUGCAGAGAUCUGUCACCUUGCUGUACACCCCUUGUGACACCCUUGUGUGUAUCUUAGAAUAUCCUGAUAUUGAGUGCCACUUGUAAAGCUUGAUUCUGCUGCUCCCAUCCCCACCAUUCCCACUUCGAUUCACAAGCACCCUUUGUCAGACCACUGAUUUCAGUUCUUGCUCUGUUGUCUGGAUGCUCUGGUCACUGUCACUCCAAAAAGUUAUUCUUCUCCAAGAAUUUAAGAAAGGAGCUGCUUCUGGAAUCGCUGAGAAGGCAACAGGAAUGUAGUAUGGAUGCAGGUGAAUCUGAGAGGCCUGUUUUUUCCCCAGGUUGGCAGGUACUGGAUGUUUUGCCACAAAGGUUUGUAAGAGUUGAGAGUCAGAGUUGGCAUAAAGUGGUGGGGUUUUGAUGGUAUUUCUAAGGCAUUGCUACAUGUGUGGAAACGUUACGGAGAAGCAGUUUUGCGUUCUUGCCUGAUGCUUAUGAAGUAAUUAGUGAUUGUCAAAGAUGCAGCCCUUGCCUAGUCAUAGGACUGGAACUACACCAAGCUCUCUGUAUUUUUGCUUGCCCAAAACAUCCGUGCCAGUUCGGCCUCCUUCUCUUUUUGUGCCAUAGUUGAUUCCUAAGAACUAAGCUUCCUCAAGCAAGGUCUCUCUCUCACUUUUUAAGGUGAGCUUAUAGCAGCUUCCUUGCACUAAACUAGAAGUAUUGAAAAUCAGACAAGCAAGUACCUACGAAAGGCACAUGUCACACUGUCUGUGUUGCAUUGAUGACAAGUGGGUGACCAUAGUGAGAUGAAAGUUUUGUUAGGUGUGCAUUGCAGAGGCCAAUGUGGACUGAUGAAUCUUUACCCCCCUCUCUUUAAAAUCAAUAUCUGAAUGUGCCUUAUAUCUGUUUAACAACCAUACACUACCGCCACCGCUCUCAUUGCUGGAAGAGGGGGUGUGGAGACACAAUCAUAGGCUUCUUAACUGGAAAACACAAUCAGGAAGGUCACACGGGGGCAGGUUCAUUUGGCUUGUACCAUUUCAGGUUCUGGGCAGGGAUGGAGGAUUAGACAUUGCUGCUCGUGAAAACCUCGGCCCAGGUCUUGCCCUAGGUUUCGCUAUUGACAUGCUAGUUUUCUGUGUUUGCAGGGAGUUUUCACAUGGGAGAGCACUUGAACAGGAAUCCUCCCAUGGGCAUUCUGAAGUGGGCACUCCAUACACACAAUUCAACGGCAUGUGUAGUUCAGUUACACUGCUUAAAAUGAUUGAUGAGAGAAGGUUGGCCCUCUGAGGAGUGACUAUUCAAGCAGUGAAAAUUGGCUGUGAAUAGUCCCAUGCGCGCAUGCGCACUCACUUCCCCUUGCUCCAUUCGGAAUGGGUGCACUGUAGUAGAGAAAGUAUUGAGAGUCUCCCUUUUCUGCUGGUCGCCAGUAACCAUCCCUUACACUUCAUGAUAUUAUGAGCCAUGCCUAAGCUUCCUGGUCUUGAGCUGUGGGCUCCCCAGUGUUGCUUUUGCCUUUUGUCUUUGCCCUGAGUGUCCCAAGCCAUGAGUGACCCCUGCUGCUCACUCCUUGAAUGAACCAUGCUUGAUAUUACUGCAGUAGUUCUAUGGGGCCAAGAUGCCAUACCCUGUAACUGUGAUGGAGAAGCACGUGUGUGUGUGUCCUCCAGCUCUUGCCCUGCUUGCUGUGUCGUGAGGCCUCAGCACGGUGCCUUGUCCUAAGAGGCAGGAAUUGCCCAUUCCUCCUCCCUGCUACUGAGAUCCUCGGCUUAUAAUAAAAUCCAGGAUUACUGCC